GGUGAAAAUAGUUGGUCGGAUUUUCAACUGGUAAAUUCUUGUUUAUAUUUUUCCUUCUUUUCGAAAUAAAUAGUGAAUUAGUCGAGGUUUUUUUCUUCUGAAAUGUCUCUGAGUUCAGCAAAAAAACCUUAAAUGCAUUCAAAUUAAGCUAAAAUGAAAGCACACAAACUUUCUUUUUGGAAGAGUAUAUUCAUUAACUUCGUUUUUAAAGCUUAUCCCUAUAAUAUAUUUGUUUUACCUCGGAGCAUUGCAUGUUUUGUUUGCUGACUGUUCCAGGGACAGCCACCAAGACCCUGUUAUUUUACGCAAAUUUGCACCUGCAUGUUGGCCUUUUCAUUGGUUGAAACCACAGUCAGAUUCCGCUGGGAAAUUAUCUGAUUGAAAAUCAGGGAGGGGAGAAAACGGGAGAGCAACAAGUGUGAUGGUUUUAGACUGCUUUGCUUUGCUGACUUUUUGGUGAAGGAUUUUUGCGUCAAAUUUUCCCUCAUCUGAGCUUUUUUCCAACCGAAGAAGGACAUUACUUUCAAUAACACCAAUUUCAUUUUUGCAGAAACUUUCUUGGUUAACGGAUCAGCAUGCCGCGGUCCUUUCUGGUGAAGAACAAAAGGUGUGUGUCCUUUAAUGUUCACCGGUCUUAUGAAGACGAGCGGAAGGCCCCCUUACAAACAGAUGACCCACCUGAGGCUCAGAGCACAGACUCUGAAGACAGGCCUCAGUCGGUGGAGCAGUCUUCCCCUGCAGACCACUGCUCCUUCGAGGAGGAGGAGGUGAAGCUUGAAUGCCCCUUACCUGCUCAACCAGAGAAAACCAGACCCCCUGUGGCCCCCACACAGACAUACUACCUAAAUGAGCCUCACAUGGCUGGAUUCCCUCCCUAUUACAAGCCGUCCUACGCCUGGGAGCCGAUGCCCCCCUCCUACAAGAUCCGUCAGAUGAGCUUCAGCCCCACGGUGCUGCAGCACGCCAGCAGCCUGUACGGCUCCCACAUCAGCCGCAGCCCCCAGCCCCAGCAGCCUCUGGACUGCAGCACGCACUACUCCCCCACCUCCAACACCUACCACUGUAUCACCUGUGAAAAGGUGUUCUCGACGCCCCACGGACUGGAGGUUCACGUCAGGAGGUCACACAGUGGAACGAGACCCUUCGGGUGCAGCAUCUGUAGGAAAACCUUCGGCCACGCUGUGAGCCUGGAGCAACACAUGAACGUCCACUCCCAGGAAAAAAGCUUUGAGUGCAAGAUGUGCGGCAAAACCUUCAAGCGCUCCUCCACUCUGUCCACGCACCUGCUCAUCCACUCGGAUACGAGGCCGUACCCCUGCCAGUACUGCGGCAAGAGGUUCCACCAGAAGUCUGACAUGAAGAAACACACGUACAUUCACACCGGUGAAAAACCCCACAAAUGUCAGGUGUGUGGUAAAGCGUUCAGCCAAAGCUCCAACCUGAUCACACACAGCAGAAAACACACCGGCUUCAAACCAUUUGGGUGUGACAUUUGUUCUAAGGGCUUCCAGCGAAAGGUGGAUCUUCGCCGGCAUCACGAGAGCCAGCACGGCAUGAAAUGAAGAGGAAAACAGUGUCUGUGUACAUUUGUAUUAAAUAAGCUGAUACUGAUUUCUCAUCGAAGGCCUUUUAACUUCAGUAAAAACAUAAUCUGUGUAAUGAAGAAAUUGCUGAAAAUGUAUCUGUUAAUAUAUUAAGUGGUCAUUCAAAGAUGUGUUUACAUGAUGAGUGGGAAGAUGUGUCAUUUUAAAUAUACUUUUAUUUUUGAUUUCAUAUAAUUUAUUUAAAGUAUGCCUGAGCUGUUCAAUGCUUUCAAUUGGAAUAAAAGGGUGAACUGUC